CUCAACUCAGCACCAGCCGAUCGGUACACGCGCGCGGCAGGCACAGUAACACACUCACUCACGCGUGCGUGCAGUGCAAGCCGCAGCGGAGAGCGGACAGCAUGAGCUCCUCGUCGCCCCAGCUCCGGCGCCUCAAGCCGGCGUACCAGUACGUGGUGAACAACUUCCUCGCCGUGCUCGCCGUGCCGCUGGUCGUCGCGGGCAUCGUCAGCGCGGCGCGCGUCGGGCCGGAGGAGCUUCUCGCCAGGCUGCACGCGCUCCGGCCCGUGCACGUCUUCCUGGCCGCGUUCGUCCCGGCCGCCGCGGGCGUCCUGUACCUCAUGAUGCGGCCGCGCUCCGUGUACCUGGUCGACUACGCCUGCUUCCGCACCAAGCCCAGCCACCGCGUCCCCUUCGGCACGUUCCUCGAGCACGCCAAGCUGGUGACGUUCAUCGAGGGGGCCUCCAUUGACGAGCGCAGCGUCCGGUUCAUGACGCGGCUGCUGGAGCGGUCCGGGCUCGGGGAGGAGACGUGCCUGCCCCCCGCGCACCACUUCAUCCCGCCGUACCGGAACCUGGAGGCCUCGCGCGAGGAGGUGGAGCUCGUCAUCUUCUCCGCCAUCGACGACCUGCUCGCCAAGACGGGCAUCAGCCCCGACGCCAUUGACUUCCUCGUCGUCAACUGCAGCCUCUUCGCGCCCAUCCCGUCCUUCACCGACAUGAUCAUCCGCAAGUACAAGAUGCGCAGCGACAUCCGCAACGUGCACCUCUCCGGGAUGGGGUGCAGCGCCGGGCUCGUCUCCGUGGGGCUGGCGCGCAACUUCCUGCAGGUGGCGCCGCGGGGCUCGCACGCGCUGGUGGUGUCCACGGAGACCAUCACGCCCAACUACUACGUCGGCAAGGAGCGCGCCAUGCUGCUGCCCAACUGCCUCUUCCGCAUGGGCGGCGCGGCGGCGCUGCUGUCCACGUGCCGCGCCAAGGCCCGCUUCCGGCUCUCCCGCGUGGUGCGCACGCUCACCGGCGCGCAGGACAACGCGUACCGGUGCGUGUACCAGGAGGAGGACGACGAGGGCCACCGGGGCAUCAACCUGAACAAGGACCUGAUGACCAUCGCCGGCGACGCGCUCAAGGCCAACAUCACGGCGAUCGGGCCCCUGGUGCUCCCGGCGUCGGAGCAGCUGCUGUUCGCGCUGUCCUUCAUCGCGCGGCGGGUGUUCAACAACAAGAGCAUCAAACCGUACCUGCCCGACUUCCGCAUGGCGUUCGAGCACUUCUGCAUCCACGCGGGCGGUCGCGCCGUGAUCGACGAGCUGCAGAACAGCCUGGGGCUGUCGGACGAGCACGUGGAGGCGUCGCGCAUGGCGCUGCACCGGUUCGGCAACACGUCCAGCAGCUCGCUGUGGUACGAGCUGGCCUACAUCGAGGCCAAGGGGCGCAUGCGGAAGGGCGACCGCGUGUGGAUGAUCGGCUUCGGCUCCGGGUUCAAGUGCAACAGCGCUGCGUGGGAGUGCAUCGAGCCCGCGCGCGACGCCCAGGGCCCGUGGGCCGACUGCGUCAGCCGCUACCCGGUCCACAUCCCUGAGGUGCUCAAGCAUUAACCAACCAACGUCUCGCGGCCUGCAACAGGAUGUCUCUCUCUGUCUCGAUUGUAUCCGUAGACAACUACUAUGCCCCAUGCAUUUCUUCUUUCUACUAUCAGUCUGGUGUGUAUUUCCCUCGGUGCUAAACCUGAUCGGUCCGACGGAUCGGCCGGAGCGCUCGUGCCCAUGACGUCGAGGAGGACACGGCUGGCCGGAGCCGCAGCUGGGCCGGCUGGCGUAAUAGCAGCCGCGGUGGCCGAGUUAAAUAUGCCGGAUCUGUCUGACGCGCGCAUGUGAGGUGCAACCGACGGCCGGUUGUUGCGCUCCAGCACAAAGGGCUUAAUUUCUUCAGGUCAUUCAUAAACGUAUAAUCGUGGUCCUCGAUCGCGAGCGUACUUCUUUUUUCCCCAUUUCUCUCUUGUUUAUUUGUUUACUAUUCUUCCUUCCCGUUCUCCCGGACCUCUUCUCUUUUGUUAAUUUCAGCUCUUUACUGUAUCUCCAUUGAAGGACAAAGGAAUCAAAAUGUACUGCUACGAGUUGACAAUAAACUGUACUACAUUAUACA